UGCUCGCCUCAGCCUGGGACGGGACGGCGCGCCGGGCUGCAUGGGGCUCCCGCGCAGCCGGCUCUUCUGGCUGCUGCUCGCGGCCGUCUGCUCCGGGGCGCUCCUCGCCCUGUACCCCGCGGCGGUGGGGCGGCCCCCGGGGCCCCCGUCCAGACCCAGGAACACCACAGCUUCUGGAGCGUUCUCUGGGCCCAAGGCAUGGAAUUCUAGGACAAGAAAGGGCCGGUCCUGCCAACACCCACUUUCUCUCAAAAUCCGGCAGCACCCCCACUUCCGGGGCCGGUUCAAUCUCUCCACUCCAGUGCUGCUGUCGGGGGGACUCUUCAGCCAGGAGCUCUGGGCCAGCCUGAGCCGGCACAAAGCCCCCUACGGCUGGCAGGGUCUCCCCCGCCAAGCCGUGGCCUCCACCCUGGGCCUUCUGAACAGCUCGGACAGCGGCCAGCUGCUGGCAGGCCCCGGGCAGCGGCCUCCCGCCUGUGUGCGCUGCGCUGUGGUGGGCAAUGGGGGGAUCCUCAACGGCUCCCGCCAGGGGCCGAGCAUCGACGCCCAUGACUACGUGUUCAGACUCAAUGGCGCCGUGAUCAAAGGCUUCGAGCGGGACGUGGGCACCAAGACCUCCUUCUACGGCUUCUCCACAAACACCAUGAAGAACUCGCUCAUCUCCUACCGCCACCUGGGCUUCACCGCCGUGCCCCGAGGACAGGACCUGCGCUACAUCUUCAUCCCCUCAAACCUCCGGGACUACGUGAUGCUGAGAUCAGCCAUCCUGGGUGUGCCUGUCCCCGAGGGCCCCGACAAAGGGGACAGGCCUGAGACCUACUUCGGACCAGAAGCCUCUGCCAGCAAAUUCAAGCUGCUACACCCCGACUUCAUCAGCUACCUGACAGAGAGGUUUUUGAAAUCAAAGUUGAUCACAAAUUUUAGAGACCUGUAUAUGCCGAGUACUGGCGCCCUCAUGCUGCUGACAGCUUUGCACACCUGUGACCAGGUCAGUGCCUACGGUUUCAUCACCCGCAACUACCAGCAAUUUUCCGACCACUACUUCGACAGAAUAAAGAAGCCGCUGAUAUUCUAUGCCAACCACGACCUGUCCCUGGAGGCGGGUCUGUGGCGGGACCUGCACGCGGCCGGCAUCCUUCAGCUGUACCAGCGCUGACCGAGCCUGCUGCUCCGCACAGGCCUCGGGGGGCCCGUCUCCCCUCAACCCUACUACCUUCGCAGAGGACCCUGAGGUGGACUAUACACCUGAAUACACCUGGGCACCCCACCUGGCCUUGGCUCACUGAAGAACCCCCAGGGUGCCCCACCCAGCCUUGGCUCACUGAAGAACCCCUUCUGUUGAAGAGCCCCUCCUGGGCCCGACACAAUUCCCAAACUUGACCAAGCAGUGGCCGCUCUGGUGGGGGUAAGCCCAGAUGCCCCCAGGCCCCACACAAGGGCACUGCCAUGGCUGGUGGCAGGCAGUGCCCAGCCGCUCUCGGAGGGCCUGUGGCCAGGGCUGGGUCGUCAGGCUCCGUGCAGCAGAAACCUCCGCGGGCCGCGCACUCACCCAGCCCUACCAGCCCAGCUCACCUGGAUCCAAGAACCCAACCAGCUUCGGCCCCACAGGCAAGUGGGGUGCCAGGAUGUAAACAGGAUGUAAACAGGAUGUAAACAGAAGCUGAGCCCCACAGGCAAGUGGGGUGCCAGGAUGUAAACAGGAUGUAAACAGGAUGUAAACAGAAGCUGAGCCCCACAGGCAAGUGGGGUGCCAGGAUGUAAACAGGAUGUAAACAGAAGCUGAGCAGCUGCGAGUGGACGCAGCGUCAUCACUGCUCGGGCACCGCUCAGGUGCUAGCGUGACGCCUGCAGGGGUGUCUGAGGGCCAGCUGCCCGGGAGGCGCCCACGGGCCGCCCCUCAGAUGUGCUGCCCCCACCUCCGCCCCCAGGACAUCGGAGAACCCUUGCUGUCACGCUGGGCUUCAAUAAAUCAGAAGCAACUUCA